AUGAGCUUCAAUCUACAUCGCUUUAUUGUGUUUCUAAUCUGUGUGGGACCCUGCUGUUCAUAUGAUGAAACCAAUGAGUUAGCCAAAGUCUGUCAUCCAGUUGCUCUACGUCUCAACGUGUUGUUCCUCCUCGAUGGCUCAGGAUCAGUGUCCGGAUCAACGUUCGAUAUGCAAAUGAAGAUGCUGAAUAAAAUUGCCAACAUGAUGCAUAUUGGCAAAAAUGAAAGUCAAAUCGCCGUGCUACAGUACGCCGGCUACACAAGGCUUGAGUUUGGUUUCAAUGACAAUCAGAGCCUUGACUAUCUUCUGAACACACUUCGCAAAGUCCGACAUAUGUCAGGCACUACUAAAACUGGUAAAGCAAUGAGCAAAGCAUUGGAACUCUUUCAGAAAGCGAAACGCCCGGAUGAGGAUGUUUCUCAGGUUGCUGUUGUUGUCACUGACGGUCAUUCUCACGACAAUCCUCUUCCAGCCGCCGAAGUACUACGUGCAGCUGGAGUUACAAUCCUUACACUUGGUAUUGGAAGGCAUAUUAACAGAGGCGAGAUCGUUCUUAUUAGUGGAAAAGAGGAACUGGCAUUUCAGGAUCUUCAUAAGAAUACUUCCUUGGAGAAUUUCGUAUCCGGCUUCAAGAACUUGUCUCAAGGAGAGCACUGUGAAUACGCUAGAGGUUCUGAUGGAGCGCAGAUCACUUGUGGAUCGGAUUUCGUUCAGGUUGAAGUUUCUACAACUCGAAAGUUGAAGGGACGUCUAUUCUUCGAAGGUUUCCACGCCGAACCACAUUGCUUUUCCAUCGAUGACAGCUCUCAUGUGGUCUCUGAAAAUGGCUCACGAUACGAUGUACAGAUUAUAGCACCACAUGGCAGAUGUGGAUUAGAUAAAUUAUAUGAGCCUAGUUCCGGUGGUUUUCUGGUCACCUCAAGAGCAGUUCUUCAAUUUGAUCCACAUUUUACAACGGUUCAUGACCAUUCCUUCGAGAUUCGGUGUUUUUAUGCUGACAACCGGAAGAAGGAGAAAAAUCCACGGCGAGCACAAGGCGUCAACACGCUGGAGGAGGACGCGGCUGGCAAUAGUUUCAACGUCUUUGACGGCUCCGACAAAAUGACGUGCAGCUACCAAGUCGUCCCCGAAAUCGACCAAUGCUCUCCGAAUGGGGUCACUGUAGGAACGCAGUUGUUGCAUAGGUGGAUCUGCGAUCAAACGCACGAGAGAUUCUUAGUUCAUUCAUGUUCCAUUAUCGAUCCUGUCACUCAUCGUUCACAAAUUAUUCUGAAUAACAAUGGAUGCACGGUCGACAAAUCGAUUAUCUCCGAUUUGACCUAUUCUCAAAACGGCACUGUGACAGCAUUAGGUAGAGCAGUUCGCUUCACUGAUGCUCCGAUUGUAAGAUAUUCGUGCAGUCUGAAGUUGUGUAGCGAAGAGAAUGAGGACUGUAACUCGUCAUUUCCGCCGCAAUGUCGUUCCAAACGUUCCGUUUUUACAUCCGAAGAAAUUGCAUUCCCACUCCCCGUAGAGACAUUUACAAGAGAGUACGAAUCUGCUGCAUACGAUGACGAUGUGGAGACGUUAUUGCCAGAUCCAGAACCAGCUAUAAUGAAAACGAUAGGAGAGAAGCAUUCCGAGGUGGUGACACCAUCGUCGUCCACGUUGGCUGUGUCGUCCACGUUCUCCGCUAUAUCAAGUGAAAGGAUGUCCUCAAUCGCACAGUUGUUCCCACCUGGCGGCGUUGACGUCAAGUUGAACCCGAAGAGCGUUGCUAUUGUAGAAACUGAUCAUGCCAGAGACCAAUUCAAACAAGCUCUACAACUUCGUGCCAGCUCGGCGCAACCAAGUCCUAUUGAGAGAACAGAGCGAAUCUCAAACAGCAAUGAUGUUCACGCAGAUAUCCACGAAAUGCCGAAGCAUACCAGAUCAGUGCUCGUGAAAUCGUCCGUUAGAAGAAAGCCAAACAACGUCGUGCUCAGAAAGCUGAAAGGCUUCGUUAGAAAGUCUUCCAGAGACAAAAAUGUUCAUGAAAAUGUGAAAGAAGCCAUUCUGUCCGAGACGUCGCCGGCUGUACAUCAUACAGUUCGGUCAUCCACAUUACAGUUCGAUGAAGUGACUGAUUCGAUUGAAACUAUGCAGACCACACAGAUGUCAAGCUCUUCGCCUUCCAUUACAACGACUCCUUCACUUCACAGUACAACUUCUUCAACGAGUGUUCCCACUGUAACUGUAGAAGAUGUUGAUAACAACACAAUCGACGAUUUUGAGGAGGAAGUGAUAGUUACCAGUGAAGCGCUGCUAGUGCGUUCACCUCAUGAGAAGUUCGUCACUGGCUGUUCCAGGAGUGGCCGAUGUUGA